GUUCAAUUUCACUUCAUUCAUUGUCUGCUUUGUUUGGUGUCUUUGUGUCAAUGUCUCAGAUUGUCAUGGUUCUCAACCUCGUCACUACUCGAGAAAAGCAAUGCCCUGUCAAUCAGUCAGAAAGACUCGAGCAUGUUCGAGUGUCUAGGCGUUUGAUGUGGGUGAGCGGCGGUGUUGCGUGCGACCGCUCUUUCCCUCACUCUGCACCUGCCCGUUUGCUCUCGCUUCCGUUUGUGCAUGCUAUGUUGCUCCACCCACAACACAACACAAGCACACUACCUUCACUAAUCUCACACUGAAUUUCUACAAGAUGUCCGCCCCCACCGCAUCUGCGUAUCGCUUGCCGGACGAUCUGGCUGUCAGUGAUCGGUCGCGCAAGUUCUAUGAUGGCACGUACAAGUGGAAUGCACAAGGCUUCACUGACGAGCAUGGAGUGUAUCGCGAGUUUGACUUCCUUGAUCCUCUGGCGCGCGCUCCUACACCGAUGCCUCCCAUGUUCUCCGACGACGAAGAGGACGGCGACGGUAUAGACGUAGUCAGUGAAUUGACGCAGUCACUCAACGAUAACAGUGUUGCUCUUUCCGACGAAGCAACCGUCGAGCCAGGCACACCGUAUCCCAAGGUCAGUGGAAGCGCGUCCAGCCCAGUCAAUGUUCGGAGUCCAGGAAGCAUUCGCCGUUUUGCCAUCAAUCUCCUCCGCAAGAAGACUGACCGGGAGGAACAUGCACCUCAGAAUGACAGCAAGAAACAAAUUGAAGACGUCGUACCUGCGCCCGAGCAAGCAGGGGAACUUCGUAGAGACCACGAGCUUGUUGGACGUACACCACGGGCAAAAGACGAGAAGAGCGAAUUCAACAUGCCAGAGACACCACCUAAAAGUCCUGUCAAUAUUGCACCUGAGGUCAAGACUACAAGCCCCACCUCUACCACAUCUACUCUGUCGUCCGCGCCCUCCACUCUGUCUGAAGAGAGCAAAAUCCACGACUAACCUUCGCAGAUCAAAAAUACCUCUCUAAUCCCGCAAGAAGCCCUGAACACCCCACCAAAGGCCACACCUCGCUCCAAAGUGACGACAACGACUCGUGGCGUGGCCCAGAAAGUCACGAAAAGUACGAAAGGUCGGAAGUGGGCCUCGAGCAAGUCCAGCCCGCUGAAGAGGAAGGAGAAAAGCGUCGAGGAGCUCACAUUGCUGGAGCUACACUCUGGGGCCUUUAUGCGCAACGGCCUCCGCAGGUCAGCUCGACACUCGAAGUCGGACAGCAAUUGAGUAAUACGAGAUGCAUUGGGGCGUUUGAUACCCGGAUUCUAAUAGCUAUACGUCUACACACCCUGCCAAGUCAGAG